GAACUGUCAUAACAAUUUGUAGAAAAAGCAUUGUUUGGUGAAAUUUUUGUGGUUUUAUUGAAAUUGUUAAGAAAAUUUUAGAUUUUUUUUUGGAACAUUUAAAAAAAAUAAUUAAAAAUGUCUGAGGCCAGCACUAAGGAUACCGUUCUUAAGACUGCUAUGACUUAUAUAUGUGGAGAAUGUCAUCAUGAAAAUGAAAUGCGUCCUCGUGAUCCCAUACGUUGUCGUGAGUGUGGUUAUCGUAUUAUGUACAAGAAACGUACCAAGAGAUUGGUUGUAUUCGAUGCCCGCUAAUUUUUGGUCAACAUUUAUACCAGGAUUUUUAAACAUAAGUUUAUAAUGUAGUUAAGAAAUUGAUAAAUAAAGAGUCUUAAGUAAUAAAGUAACUUUUUUUACUUGUAGUAUGCAAA